UUUUCCUCGAUGCACUCACUCGCCGCGGCUCGCUUAAAAGAGCUGGAAAAACUCCCCGCUCCACACAGAGACCUUGCGCUUGCCGCUUGCCAGCCCAGUUGCUCUGAUCUUGACCUUCGUCGUUUUGAGCAGGUGUGGGCCACGACGGAGGGUCCACUGCGCGACAUCCUGUUCAACGUCUUCUUUGCCAUACUCGAUCCAACUCGCAUACCAGAGGCUGCCACGGUAGAGACCCUCUCCCCGAGAGCGCAAGGCCAGAUUCGACAUGUGUUGUGGAUUCUCGGCUAUCUUUUUGCGGGUGAAGACGUGAAAAAGCUGCCGGAUGGCGUCUUCGAUAUUGGUAGCUUCGUGGUGUCCUGGGUGGACUUUCUUCAUGCCAGCCACCCAUUUCUGCUGCAAUUUGCGGAAGGGACCGGCAUAGUUCUACCGCCCAAACCAGUGCUGUUGCUUUCGCUGACGCUUUUCAUGCACUACGUGGAAUCCAAGUGGGUGGAAAUUUAUAAAAUCGAUACCGCGCGUCUCGCGAACCGUGACACUGGCACUGGCGGCCCAUCCCCCGCCAUUCAAUCCACUGUUGGAUGUGUUAGGCUAUUGGUCGAGACCUGGAAGUUUCUUCUCGCUCAGCCAGCGCCUGACAUAUUCCUCCUUUAUUCGUGCAUCUGCAUGUUCCCGCAGUUUAUGGAACGUGCACAGCUCCACGAAUUCCUCGAUGCGUGUGGUACCAGUCUCGACACCUUUACGCGACUACUCAAACAGCACUUGACACUAGUGGAGGACAUCCCCCUCAAAUCCAGACUUGUCGGUCACGAAUUUCUCUCCUCUAGUCCGCUGCAAAUAGCUGUGGAGGUCAAUACUAUGCUAACAGGUGACAACCCACGCAACCCCAAUGCCGCCGAUGCAAUGGCAGUUAGCUUAGCCUCGCAUCACAUCUUCAAUCAAGUUUUUCGGGUCCUCAAGACUUUGUUUGAUCCCGAAAACGAGGAUUCCGUUUCCACUCAUCGGCACCACACGAUCUGGCUUAUGACGCUCCGGGGCGCGCUCACCGUCAUGAACAUCGUCAUCAGCACAGGUCCUCGUACUCUCCACAAGGUUCUACGAUGCGGCAUGGUUCCUUUAAUGCUGCAUGCCGCGCAUUUUAUGCCCAACGACGACAUAUUGUUGCGACUGACACACCUGCUCCAGAACGGGCUUCCUCCUGGCCUGCCAUAUAAAGCUGUGCUCCCCCUGCUAGCAAACUCGAUCCGAACCGUCGAGGCGUCUGGCUUGGGGAGUAUCCUAAGCCACGCACACCCCAAAUUAGCUCAGCUGUGGAAGAAUCUCAAGACGAGCGCCGCUUAUCACGAGCAGAUCCUUUCUGACUUUCGAGUUGGGAGGUAUCUUGGCCGUCGGCUGCCGCAAGCCCAUCGGCUGUCGGCUUGCGACAACCCGCCUUGUGGCCAAAUUGAUGAUCGCGAGAAGUUUAGUCAGUGCUCUUUGUGUCGGACUCGCGUUUAUUGCUCGCGGGUUUGCCAAAAGGCUGACUGGAACGAGGGCAAGCACCGUGCCACGUGCGCCGCGACAAAAGUGAAAUACGCUGACACUCGGGCCAUCUUUUCCAAAGAACAGCUCGCUUUUUUUCGCAGCGCGCUGCACGCGUUCUACCUCGAAAAUGCCGCCGCCCUCCAUUGCAUCCGCGCCUUGCACCGUCUGUCCUCUAUCCAACAGCAAGCGUGCGCGGGUGAAGACCCUCGGCCGGUGAUCAUCACCGUCGUCAGCUUCGAGUCCGGCAAGCCAGAGGUCGAAGACAUCCUGAUGGGUUCCGCCCUCGACCCCGACCGGCGUGACAUAUUCCAAAAUCGUCUGCACGACAUUGACGAUUGGAUCGACCGCGCGCAGCGGAGCAAUGGCCGACUGGUGCUGCAUCUAGUCACCGUGUUGGUCGGGCUGGACCGCCACUGUCUGGUCGUUCCGUUGCGCAUGAACACGUCGUUCUUGGAGGAUACCGCGCUGCGUCUGGCCCGCUCUAUGUGUGGGCCUCAGCCGCCACCAGACCCGGCAGAAAUGGAUCUGCAAGUCGUGAAUGGGUUAAUUCAAAAGUUCACAGCAUGUACUCAGAUGGUUAUAUUGCUUUCCCCCAAGUUGUCGAGUUCGGCAAUGGUAUUUCCGUUUUGA